CAAGUUGAGGCGUGUUGUGGUAGCCGGAACUAAAUGUGAAAUGCUUUGACGAGUUCACCUUCAAAUCCCUCGUUCGUUGUAGCAAAAUAAUGCCUUAACUACUGUUAUCGAAAGUACAACUUUUUAGCGGAGAUAGCAUUUUGAAGUGAGCUCACUGUAUGGAGGUAGCACUAUUUAUCAACGCACGGAUAGAAAACUAAACGAUAAGUUGAAAAAUACUUUCUAUUGAUGGUGAUUUCAUGGCUUGGAGCAAGUAAACGGAGUGAAACCGCAAGAUUUUCAGACAAAACCGUGAGAAACGCGCUUGUGUCUAUUUGAAGCUCACAUGGUGUGACUGAAUUCAAGGUUUGCAAAUGUAAACCUUAAAAACAACACACUAGCAUAAACAACAACAACAGGGUCACGGAAAACUAUCUUUGGGAAUCAACGACGGCGAAUCAUCAAGAAGAAAUCACGCAGGAGUUGACUCGCUUGAGAAACCGAGAGCUGAGAUUGUAUUAUUGGGAUGUAAAACUCUUGAUUCAGAAGAGAUCGAAACCUUUGGUAACAGCAAUAAAAUAAAUAAAAGGACGUUUGUCAGUUCAUCGAAAGCGAAACUCUUGCAUCAUCACAGAAGGAAGAAAAUAGCGAAGGAAAUGCAAAAGAUCUGGUAUGCUAAGAAGAGCGCGACCCUUGAUAGACCGAGAAGAGUGACGUAUGCAAAGCCAAAGAUGGACAAAACUAUAUCAGGCCUUGAGCAGACUAUCCCUAAUUCCUAUACACCUUCGCCUGAAUCGAGUAGAAAGGAAACGGUGAUACAAGGAAACUAUAAUGAUGAAGGUGAUCAAACUGACUCGGUGCAAAUUUCUGAGCAUGCGCAGUCAUCUGAGUCUACCGGAAGUGAACUCAGUGUGAAUCUCGACCCCAUUUACGAAGAAAUUAACUUUCGAAAGAUGUCAAUAGAGUUAGAGAGUGAUGUUGACACUCAAAAAGCGGAUGGUGCUACUUUAGGCUAUGUGUGUGGGCCUGAGGGAGAUUCCAUGGCGCAAAAUCUUCCAACAAACCUGAAUGAGGAUGAUGACGAACUUUACGAAUCUAUGUCCGACGUGAGUUUGAAAGAAACUGAUACAAAUAUUGAACCUGCGAGUUUAGUGCGAACGACAAGCUUUGGCGAGCAGCGGCGAUCAUGGAAAGAAAGCAAGGGAGGGAUACCCGAACUAUCUGGGAAUAACCGCUGGGUGAAACGCUCGCAGUCUUUGGGUGAAAUCUAUCAGCAUUCUCGAAAUCAACUGAGGAAUAAUCUCGCGGUAUUAUCAGAGCAAAGUAGGAAGUCAGAGGCUUAUAGUGGCUCAAAGACUCCACCUCCAGUCCCUCCACGGAGAGACACAAAAUCCAAGCUCACAUCCGGGACACGCGAGAUCCCGCCCGUCUUUAGAGGGGUGUGCAGCAAAGACAGCGUGCUUGUGGCAGUACCAAGAUCACCAGCGAUGUCCAGGAAGGUGCGAAGUCUCAGCGAUGCCAGGAAGAACACCAAAUUCCAUGACCAAAAAUCACUAAGAUCUUUCUCGUUAGACACAGGUGAACAGCAUUAUGAGAAUUUUCGCCAAAAUCGCGUGAAUCCUGAGGAAACAUCAUCCGAUAGCGACUCAGAGAAUAUCUACGAUACUCCGGUACAACACAAUGGAGACCUAACAACGGUUACUAUGGAUACCCAAAGGUCCUACGGGGAGGUUACCAUGGCAAUGAAGUGCCAGACACCCACAUGUUCGUGUGGACAAAAAGACCCUGGUUUUGUUAUUCCCUCUGAUGUCAGCGGACUUAAAGUCCGCGAAGUCACACAAUGUCUAAUGCAGAUCAACGCAUGCGCACUAGCCGAGGUCUUCGAGCGUAAUUUGAUUGACGGGGAGAUGUUAGUUUCUCUUGAUGACGAUUCACUGGCGGCACUGGGUGUUCACAGCAGGUUCCUUAGACUCAAGCUGCUCAAGUUUGCUUCCGGUUGGCGACCGAAUUUGUAAAGAAUUGCACGCCGGUACAAGGGGUGGAUAAAUACACCGGCGCCAAGUGGUGGACCUAUCAAUAGACCAUUUUUACGAUGUUGCGCGCGCAUCAAAUGCGACAGACUGGCGGGCCACAGCUGAUCCAAAAUUGCGUACGAAGUGGAGUUCACAGACGAAGCUAUAGAAAAUACUGACAGAGUGUUUUUUUCACAGAGUUUUGGAUUGAAAUUCCCUUUCUUCCGCAUUUUAGCCCUGCUGUGGCCCGCCAGUCUGUGGCAUUUUGGAUGCGCAAGCAACAUCGUAAAAAUGGUCUAUAAGCCACACCUUUCAUAAAACAUUUUCUGUAUUAGUAGGUCAGCUUCCUAGAACCAUAAUAAUGAACAGAAACUAUUGUUAUCAAUAUAUGCCUUACCGCAAAUGAUCUAAUAAACGCCUUAUCUAAUGAA